AUGGAUCUGAACAACCCCAAGGACACAGCCAUAUUCACCUGUAUGACAAUUGUCUUCUACUGUGUUGCUUGUUUAGGGGAGUUCACAGUACCCAUGAUCAAGCAAUUUGACCUGAUGAAGCAUAUCACCAGAGUGCACAUAACUCAUCUGCACAAUCUCAGCAGCCUACCCAUAACAAAACUCCACAUUCCCUGGACAAAGAUGUCACUGACAGGGGAAGAUGCACAAUGUGCACCUCUAAAUGGCACAAUAACAGACCCAAUCAAAGCUCCCAAGUGUCACUUCAACCUCAACCCAGCAGAGGAUUCUGCACACUUAUUUGCCUGGAAGCACCCCAUAUUUGGUCUUCACCUGCUCUCAAAAACAGAAGUAACCAGGAGAAUAGGCACCCUAAUAACUGAGCACAACCUCCCCAACAUCACAGGCCACAGCCUGAGAAUAGGUGGGACCCUACAUUACUUGCUCCAAGGGAUCCCUUUCAACAUAGUGAAAAUGAUUGGCAGAUGGGCAGGAGACUCAUUCACUUUAUACCUGCACCAACAUGCAAUGAUACUAGCCCCAUAUCUCAAUGACACUCCAGCUCUACUUGAACAUUUUACCAGAUAUAUGAUGCCACCAGUUCAUUAA